AUGGAGUGGUUCAUGGUGUCGAACCCGGCCCCUUGUCUGCCCGCCCGCACUGGCCGCGCGCCGGAGCCUCGCACGUGCUGGGAAGAACAGCCGACCGAGGAGGAGAUGGUCCAGGUGGAUCUCCUUCUCAAAGAAAUCAUCGGCUUAUCAGCCCAGGGACUGACGGGCGCCGCGGUGGCCCUGUCCUUCAGUAAAUGGCUGGUGCAGCCAAUUUGGGACAGGGUGCACCCCGGCUUUGAGUACUGGGGUUGUCAGGGCCCGACCCGGGGGCAGAACCGAAAGGUUCCCCGGGAAGAAGCCGCGAACCGGGUUGCUCGUAUGAUGCAAGGGCCGGUCCGCCACCGUGGGUGCCCGAAGACGCACUACUUGAAGCGGCCGACCAGAGCCGAAAAAGUUCUGGAGUUCUGGUCUCCCGCUCACCUGCCAGAGGGGGAUGCAGGGAAGGACGCAGCCGCCCCGGCCGAUAUGAAGAAGCCGGAGGCAGCAGAUCUGGAGGUGUCGUCUGACUCGUCCAUUGGGGAUGGGUCGAAUGUUGAAGUUACAGGUGCCAAAGCCCCUCCGGCCGCGCCGAGGCGGAGGAGGCGUGCCGUCAGGAAGAUCUCGGCCUCCAAGGCUGGCUUGAGGAGUGUCCUACCCAAGGGGGGCUCCGCCGCCACCUCGACGUUGGGGAGUGAGGACCUGGGGGCGGAGGACGCCCCCGAAUUGAAGAGGAAGGCGGAGGAGUCCGCUGAUGAGGCCCGCCGGGCCAAGACGGGUAGCUCCGAUCCGUCAGUGGAGAGCCCGCCGCGGUCCCGCGCUCGCCAGGAGGCGACGUCAGGCGAGGUGGAGGCGGAGGACACCGGGCGAUCCGAGGCCCGAAAGGCUGCGCCGAUGGGGGUGGCAGAGGCACUGGCCGGCCUGAGCCAGCGGGCCGCCGAGACGGUGCGGGGGGCGCCGGCCGCGGACGGCCGACUCAAGCAGCUCGAGUCCCGGCUGGCCGAGUUGGAAGCGCAAAACCGCCUGCUGGAGAAGCAGCGGGCAGAGACAGAGAAGGUCCUCGCGGACGAGAAGCGGGGUAAGAGGCGUACCAUGCUUUGUGCCGACUCGUUUGUGUUCAAGCUAAUCGAUACCCUCUCAGGGCUGGAGAAGGAGGUCCGCGCCCUGAAGUGCGACCUGGCAGCCUGUGAGAAGGCCAACACCGAGCUGCAGAAGGCUCGAGAGGCCGCGGAGGCCAGGGAGGAUGCCACGGAAGGCAAGCUCCACCUGGAGCGCCAGGAGCGCUCUGUCUUUCACUACUCGCCGGAGCGCAGGAGGAAGGCGGAGGAGUCCGCUGAUGAGGCCCGCCGGGCCAAGACGGGUAGCUCCGAUCCGUCAGUGGAGAGCCCGCCGCGGUCCCGCGCUCGCCGGGAGGCGACGUCAGGCAAGGUGGAGGCGGAGGACACCGGGCGAUCCGAGGCCCGAAAGUCUGCGCCGAUGGGGGUGGCAGAGGGGCAGGAGGCCGAGGGCGACGAGUCGACCAGGUUGGCGGAGGAGCUCCAGGCCUCCGCGCGCCGUGCGGCGGAAUUGGCCGAGGCACUGGCCGGCCUGAGCCAGCGGGCCGCCGAGACGGUGCGGGGGGCGCCGGCCGCGAACGGCCGACUCAAGCAGCUCGAGUCCCGGCUGGCCGAGUUGGAAGCGCAAAACCGCCUGCUGGAGAAGCAGCGGGCAGAGACAGAGAAGGUCCUCGCGGACGAGAAGCGGGGGCUGGAGAAGGAGGUCCGCGCCCUGAAGCGCGACCUGGCAGCCUGUGAGAAGGCCAACACCGAGCUGCAGAAGGCUCGAGACGCCGCGGAGGCCAGGGAGGAUGCCACGGAAGGCAAGCUCCGCCUGGAGCGCCAGGAGCGCUGUCUGGAGGCUCGGCUUGCGGCGGCGGUCGCGGCCCUGGGGCAGCUUACCGGCAAGGUGAGCGCCGUCCUUGCUGCCUUUGAGCCGGAGGGCACGGCCGCGGUGGAGGAGCUGGAUUCACAGCUGGAGGCGGCGCGCGGGUGGCUCGGUGUCUUCGCCAGGGGGGCCACCGAGGACAUGGCCUAG